CCUAUUUAAUUAAUUAUCACCACUUAAAUAAUUCCAAACCUCUCUUUAUGUGAUUAUCACACCUCACUCUCAGUCACCACCACAACCACCAUAGAGGAGAGAAAGAGAGAGGACUCAUGAAAUCCACCACCAUUCGCCAUGCCUUUCAUUUCUACCUCCUCCUCUUCCUCUGUAGUCACGCCACGUGUCACACCACCACCACCGCCACCACCGUACAACGCUUCAAACAAGCCCCCAAAUUCUACAACGCCCCAACCUGCGCCACCAUACACCCCACCGACACACUAUGCACCUCCUCCGAUGAUGGAGUCCACGUGGCAAUGACGCUGGACACCACCUACCUCCGUGGCUCCAUGGCAGCGAUCCUCUCCGUCCUCCAACACUCCUCCUGUCCAGAAAAUAUCAUCUUCCAUUUUGUAACCAGAACCCCUUCCUCCGCCACCGUCCUCGAGAACUCCUUCCCGUAUCUCAAAUUCCAAAUCUACCCCUUCGACGACAACGCCGUUUCGGGAUUCAUCUCCACCUCCAUCCGCUCCGCCCUCGAUUGCCCUCUCAAUUACGCCCGCAACUACCUGGCCACCCUCCUUCCAACCUGCGUUCACCGGAUCGUCUACCUCGACUCCGACCUCGUCCUCGUCGACGACAUUGCCAAGCUCGCCGCCACGCAUCUACCGGAUAACACCGUCAUCGCCGCGCCGGAGUACUGCAACGCCGACUUCACUGCCUAUUUCACUCCCACCUUCUGGUCUAAUCCUUCCCUCUCGCUCACGUUUGAAGGUCGCAACCCUUGCUACUUCAAUACCGGCGUCAUGGUCAUCGACUUAGAGCGGUGGCGGGCAGGGGACUACACGACCAAGAUCCAGGAGUGGAUGGAGCUUCAAAAGAGGAUGCGGAUCUACGAGCUGGGAUCUUUGCCGCCGUUUUUGUUAGUGUUCGCUGGGAACAUAGGCCUGGUGGAUCACCGGUGGAACCAGCACGGGCUCGGUGGGGAUAAUUUUCACGGGCUUUGCAGGGAUUUGCAUCCGGGCCCGGUUAGCCUGCUGCAUUGGAGUGGGAAGGGGAAACCGUGGGCCAGGCUCGACGCGAACCGCCCUUGCCCGCUGGAUGCCUUAUGGGCUCCCUAUGAUCUUCUCCAGACAUCUUUUUCGCUCGAGGCUUAGAAGGGUUUUAAAUUGCGGUCGUGAUCACAGUUUCUGCUGCGUUGCGAAAUUGCGGAUCAACAUGCCAAUGCGACCGCGAAACCUAUUACGUUGCGACCGCAAUUACAGUUGUCGAUGACAACUUAGAACCUUAGGCCUAGCCCGUGCCUAUGAUAAUUUACAGUUUUUAUUUUCUUUUUUAUCUUUCGAUCUUGAUAAAAUAUAAAAAUUGAAGAAGCUGAAUUUUCAUUUUCACUGGCGGGAAGUAGUAGUUUUGAAGUUGGCGCUGGAGUAACUCCUAUUCUAUGGCAUUGGACAUGCAGCAGGUACAUUUACAUAUAUGGGUUGUACUCUUUUUCCCCCUAUCUUUCUUUUGAGGCAGUGAAUGUAUAAAUUAUAAUAUGACUCUUACAGCUUAAUGAAUCGAAUACUUAGCCAUGGUUUUAUAUAUGUAGUCUUAUAUAUGAUAAUCUCUAUGCACUGUGAAUAGCCUUUUUCCCUUGUCUUGUAUAUAUGUGUUUAUCUUUGCCAUUUAUAUUCCUCUAGGAACCCACAUAUCAAUUCAGGUUCCUACUUUUUGUGAAGUAUAGACAAAAUAGGAUGGUUCCCAAUUGUAUUGGACGCAUUCUCAGAUGUGUAUGAACUUAUUAU